UAUUGUAACUUCUACCCCGGUGGCGAAACUUUAAACGAAUGAAGAGCUUCGGGUGCGAGAGCAGCGAAUGACCGUACAUCGAAGUAUUAUGGGACGUUUAUCCACUAGUAUUUAAACUCAGGUGAUAUUAUAUCAAUAGUAUGUCAUGUCAAGUAAGUAUUAAAUCAGAACAGAGUUUGACAUGACUUAUAGUAACGGUACCGCACGGAAUUCCAGUAAGUUAGAUUGACAGGCGUAACGUUAACUCUCCUCAACAUGACAUUUGUGAUUCAACUCGAAUGAAUGAAUAUUAAGUUAACUCGAAAAAGUUCUGAACGCGGUUGAAUCGAGUGAAAAUGGGAGAUGAAUCAAAGUCAGUGGAAGAAGGAGAGGUAAAUGCUAAUAUAUAUUUUUCAAAAACACCCGUGACUGAUGCGGAGGUGAGUUCUGAUCAUCACAACACACCGCCGGAAACGCGUUUAUACAAAAAAAGAUGGAUAAUGGUGUGUUUAUUCAGCUCAUAUUCGCUGUGUAACUCGUAUCAAUGGAUUCAAUACGGAAUCAUCAACAAUAUCUUCAUGCGCUUCUACGGCGUGGACUCUUUCACCAUUGACUGGAUGUCCAUGAUUUACAUGUUGACGUACAUUCCUCUCAUUUUUCCCGUCUCUUGGCUCCUGGAUAAACAAGGUCUGAGGGUUAUCGCGCUCGUGGCCACGGCUCUGAAUUGCGCGGGCACGUGGAUCAAGGUGGCCAGCGCGAGACCGGACCUUUUUCCCGUGACAUUUUUGGGUCAGUUCAUGUGCUCCGUGGCUCAGGUGUUUAUUCUCGGGAUGCCCUCGCGCAUCGCAUCGGUGUGGUUCGGGUCGGACGAGGUGUCCACUGCAUGCUCCAUCGGGGUCUUCGGAAAUCAGUUGGGGAUUGCAAUCGGCUUCCUCGUUCCACCCAUACUGGUUCCAAAUGUGGACGAUCUGGACACGUUAGCGUCUAACAUCAGAGUCAUGUUCUACAUAACAGCGGGUGUGGCCACAUUCUUGUUUGUGUUGGUUGUCUUUGUGUUUCAGGAGCGUCCGGAGAUCCCUCCCACCCACUCUCAGGCCGCGGCUCGGCAGAUCUCUCCGGAGAGCUACUCAUAUACAGCUUCCAUUGUCAGGCUGCUCCGCAACAAAGCCUUCAUCCUCCUCGUCAUCACUUAUGGGCUGAAUGUUGGCUGUUUCUAUGCUGUCAGUACGCUUCUCAACCGAAUGAUCAUUGAACACUAUCCUGGAGAGGAGGUGAACGCCGGCAGGAUCGGCCUCACAAUCGUGAUCGCUGGCAUGGUGGGAUCCCUCAUCUGUGGAGUCUGGUUAGACCGAUCUAAAACAUACAAACAAACCACUCUAGCUGUGUAUCUGAUGUCCCUGGUGGGUAUGAUGAUUUAUGCUUUUACCUUGGAUUUGGGUCACCUGUGGGUGGUCUUCAUCACAGCGGGAACCCUCGGGUUCUUCAUGACGGGUUAUCUUCCCCUUGGUUUUGAGUUUGCAGUCGAAUUGACUUACCCAGAGUCUGAGGGGACGUCUUCAGGGCUUCUGAACUGCUCUGCACAGGUAUUUGGGAUCAUAUUUACGAUCUGUCAGGGGAAAAUGAUGGACUCGUUCAAUACGCUGGCUGGAAAUCUCUUUCUAUGUGGGUUCCUGCUGAUAGGAACCUUCAUUACAGCCUUUAUUAAGUCAGAUCUGCGCAGACAGUUGGCGAACCAGCAAGCAGUGGCAGCUGCAGCGUUGGGCAGGUCAUACGUUCAGGAUCACUGUGGGACGUCACUCCUUCCAUCCACACACAUGUGACCAAUCAAUCACUGCCUGAUUUUUUUGCACACUGUGGUUCAGAGCCAUUUGGAAACAUCUCCAGCACAAGCUUUUGAAGCCAAACUCUAAUGUGACAUCAUAACAUGGACCUUUUCUUUUUCUGUGACACUGUUUAUAUUUUAUAGUUUGUAACCAGCCUUGAAUUUUGAUUUAUUUUGCCUGAGACAAAAUGAUUUUGUGACAUUUGAAUCGGGAUGUAUUUGCAUUGUCAAAUGUCUGCAUUUUAACAGCCAAGGACUGACUAAGUGUUUGUUUGUUCAUAUGGUGUGAUCAUGUUUAAUCGAUCACUAAUCAUCUCAAUAAGACAUAUUCUAAUUUUACAUCAGUUUAUCAAUUUUUGUUUUCAAUUUAAAUUAUUAAUGUUACCAUUUUUUUCUUGCAAAAAACAUUUUUAUGGAAACUCAUUGGAUAAUGAAAUUCUUCAGUGAAACCUAUUGGAGCGAGAAAUGUUUCAGUAUUAUGUGAACUAGGAACCAAAUCUGUUUCUGAACAGCUAAAUAUGCAAUGUUGGCUUCCAUCUAUCUAUGCAGUAAUGUGUACUGAAAAAUGUUUCAAUAUUUUUAUACAAGUGUUUUGUAUUUUGACCCUAUAUUUAAAGUUAUGUGAAGUCCAUCUGAACAAAUCACAAUGAAUAAAACAACACUAGCAUCUAAAGCA